CUUUGCAGAGUCCCAUUUUCUUGAUUUUUUUUUUGGUUUGAAACGAAAUAAAAAGACCCCCUUUUUAUUAUAAGUGCGUGGUCCCCAGAAUCGGGAAAGAUGCAGGAAUCCGGCGCCGGAGACAACGGUUGCUCCGGCGGCGGCGUGCCGGAGAUGCACGUUCUUGCCGUGGACGACAGCCUCGUCGAUCGGAAGGUCAUUGAGAGGCUUCUCCAGAUCUCUUCCUGCAAAGUGACUGCGGUGGAGAGUGGGAGCAGAGCUCUUCAAUAUCUGGGGUUGGAUGGAGACAAGAGCUCCGCUGCUAUGGAUGGUGUGAAGGUAAACUUGAUAAUUACAGACUAUUCAAUGCCUGGGAUGACUGGAUAUGAACUGCUAAAAAAGAUUAAGGGGUCUUCAGCAUUGAGGGAAAUCCCAGUUGUGAUAAUGUCAUCUGAGAAUGUUUUAGCUAGGAUUAAUAGAUGUUUGGAGGAAGGGGCAGAAGAGUUUCUAAUGAAACCGGUUAAGCUAUCGGACGUGAAGCGGAUCAAAGACUCAUUGUUGAGCUGUGAAAACAAAGAAAACCCGUCUUCUUCGUUGUCCUCCCGGAAGAGAAAACCAACAGAUGACUCAUUUGCUUCACCACCAUUUGCUCCUACCCGGUGUUCAUCCGCUGCACUGCCCGUUCCGCACCCGAAACGCCCGAGGUUGGACCGGGAUGCGGAUUGAUUCUUCUCCGAGAUGUGAUCGGAUCCCGGUUUUGGUUUUUGCUGUUUGGGACUCUUCGCCCGAUCCAAACCCGGUUGUCGGGCGAACGCGUUCCUCAUAGUUAUCUGGUCAACCAAGUGGUUUAAUGAAGGCCUCUUUUUGGUUUUUUUCCUUUGUUAUAGACUGACUACUUGUACAUGCUUUGUUACAUGUAGAAGCACAAUUUUUUUUUGCAACAUGUUUUGACCUGAUUUUGUUCACUUCAUUAAGGUUUUGGUGUUUGGUAGAGCAUUCCCAAUGGUGGGGAACAAAUAAAAUUUUAGAUCAAAU